AUGGUUGGGCUUGACUUUGUUUUCAAAAUCCCCUUCAUUUGGUCGGUUGGUUCAGAUGAAUCAUCGUCUUCUUCUACUAUCGGAGCCCUCUUGGAUUGGACCAGUCCGCCACGGGAGCGGGAUAUCGACGAGACGGAUGCCAGGCUUCCCGCGGCUGGUGAACCAGCCCCCUCAGACUCUCGACAAGAGCCCACCCCCACGCACUCAACCGAACCAGAGGCUGCGCCGCCUUCCCAAAGCGUCUCACCUUACCCCUAUGCCUUUGAUCAGGUUAUAGGAGGUGACAGUGUUUGCUCCAUACAAAGGCGCCUCUUGGAUCAAUGGGGCGAAAGACCUCCCGCCUACGAAGUCUUACAGCGGUCCCUCUAUGAGGCGCAGGACCGCUUUGAGCUUAAGUUGCUAUGGGGAACAAAGGACGAAAUACAAUCGAUUCCUCCAUUUAAGUGGUUCUCGCUUCUCCUUGUUCCUGUUCCUAACUCCUCCCCGGGUACCUGUAAUUGUGAUCCGUUUGCCAGAACCAAGGGGUCUUUCUGUGGAAAUCUUCACGAACAAUCGUCGUUUUUUGAUGGUUUUUCCGCUUCUCACAGCUGCUCUUUCCACACCUCCGGAUAUCUGGUGCCAAUCGUCGCCCGUUUCCUUAUUUCUUCGAUAAUAGAGUUGGCUAUCUCUGUGGCAUCGAUUGUACAAGUUCGUGAAGAGGGCUGGACGAGUGGAAUGAGGGAGAGCGGCUCAAUCGACAAAAAAGAAGAGUAG